AUGACUUUCACCAUGAAACUACCUACGUGUCACAAUUUCCAGAGUGUCCCCGAUGGUCCUGAGCCAGUAUUGGUAGGGUCUCCACAACGCGCGCCGCCGCAGGCUUCGCCCACCAGGCCCAGCCCUGAACAGGCGGUCGCUACGGUGACCCUAUCCGAGAGUCAAACUAACAAGCUUCGCGCCGACUUGGGCGUGGUGGAAGGCAACAUGGCCGUCAUGAACGACAUGCUUAACGAGCUCACGUCGCAGCCGCCCGCCGCGCACCACCCCAGCGAUAUAGAAUUGCUUAACGAGCUAGCAGACACCUUGCGAGCCAUGCAGACGCGUGUUGCCGAGUUAGUAGGGCGGCUGGCAGGCGAGUCGCCUCUCACAGCUGAGCUGCUGCACGCCAACGACCGUCUGAACAACCUGCUGCUGCGGCACCAGCGCCACGUCAACAACCGGAAUGCUGUGACUGGAGCCACCCCUUCUGCUAUCUUGGGCGCUGCUAUGGGCGUGCCUAAAAACGAAUCACCAAAGAAGCCUGAAGAUGACGCCUUGAUCGACUUGAGCGAUGAUGUGCCGGACGUCGCAAAACUGAGCGUGAAAGACUCGCAGCCCGAUCGAUCGCCUGGGCAGGCGUCGAAGGACGAGUUCGAUAUGUUCGCGCAGUCGCGGAACGUUACCUACGAAACAUCUAAAACUGGUGGCAGCAGCUACGCAGACAACUUGGAGGAGCAGACGGGCGGCAGCCUGGCCGCCGCCGCCAGCCAGCGAGCCACGCAGGGCCAGCCGCUGCCCACAGGGAUGGAUCAGAGAGAGAUAGAUGAGAUAGCCGCUUGGUUAGAACAAGAGAAGGCCGCAACAGACGCAAACGGCGCCCAAGAGAGCGUAACCAGCAGCGAUUUCGACAAAUUCCUCGCGGAACGCGCCGCCGCCGCCGAAAGCCUUCCCAACGCCGACAACCGGGCCCAAAGCACUCCCUCGCAAACACCCCGCCACCGCCAGAUCAAGAAGGAGGAACAGGACUCCAUGUUUGCGCUCUGAUGCGGUUGAGGACAGGAUACGCGGUUACCCCAGGUAGGACGAUGAUAGGGCUCGGAUUUUAGGUGUUAACUUCAAUGUUAUUUUAGUAAGAACUAAUUUUGGCUUUUCAAACAUACUUUUGGUCAAUUUUGAAUGUAACUACAGAUCUAAAGACUUUUUCAAAUAAGACGUUUUGAGACGGAUGCCUGUCGCAUAUCGUUCGUUUGUAGAACUCACACGGAAAAUUGUAUGAUAAUUGCGUUGGAAUAAAAUUGACAAGUACCAACAGUA